AUGGAAGCCGCUGCUUCAUUUUCCUUCAUGGAGGCCCAGAAGCUCUUUGAGAUCCUCCCCUCCGGAGAACGGUCACAGGCCAACCAGAACCGGAUCACCACGCCGUACAUGACCAAGUUCGAGCGUGCCCGUCUGCUGGGCAUCCGAGCCCAGCAGAUCGCGAUGUGCGCCCCUGUGAUGGUGGAGCUGGAGGGGGAGACGGACCCUUUGGCCAUCGCCAUGAAGGAACUCAAGGCCCGGAAGAUCUCCAUGAUCAUUCACCGCUUCCUGCCCGACGGGAGCUACGAAGACUGGGGGGUGGACGAGCUCAUCAUCACAGACUGA